AUGGGGUCUUCUUUCAACGACGAGAUAGUGGACACUACCGCCGAGAUUGGGAGCACUGGGUCGGCUGACAGUCGAGAUGAAGCAUCACAAAACUCGAAUAAUGAAACAGACGCCCAAUCCGAACAUACAGACCAGUCAGACACUGAGAGUAUCCAAAGCACAGAACCCCCCAAACUCAAGUAUUCUCGUCUCAACAAACUGCCUGCCCGGUUUUUCAACAGAGACGCAGUAAGUUGCUGCUAUUUUCACGAAGAAGUGUUUAUAUUUGCUACGCAUUCCGGGUUCAUUCAUCUGACCCGACCAGACUUCUCUGCCAUCCGUACAAUGAAAAUUCAGAGGAGUUCCAUUCUGUCUCUGCACACCGACGGAGAGUACUUUGCCGCUGGGUCGAUCGACGGAACAGUGGUAAUUGGUUCCAUCGUUGACGAGAAAGAUAUCAUUGCAUACGACUUUAAACGGCCAAUUCAUGCCGUGGCUCUCGAUAAGAAUUAUAAAUCGACCAAACUGUUUAUUUCAGGCGGAACAAGCGGCAAUGUUGUGUUUUCUGCCCGAAAUUGGCUCGGCCAACGACAAGAUACAGUGGUAGAAGGCGGAAAGGGUCCUAUUACGCUUAUAAAAACUAUUGAUGAUCUGGUGAUCUGGACAAACGAUACAGGAAUCACGGUAGCUCAGAUAUCGUCCAGAACAAUUAUAUUCCAUGAGAAAUUGCCCGAGAAUUUCCCGCGACCAGAAAUGUACUGGCCUCGAUUCCACCAGACAGAUACAGACAGAUUCUUGAUAGGCUGGGUCGAUCAUAUCUGGACGUUUCGUGUUUCGAUAACUUCGUCCAACUCGAGCAUCAUUUCGUCCGCCGCUUCCAGUUUCCGCUACCAGCCAGACAAAAAAAUCGCUUUGGAACACCAUAUAUUGAUGGAGGACACGCUUAUUGCUGGAGUUUGUGAUUUUGGCGACGAUCUGAUGAUUUUAAACUACGUGAAGAACAGCGAGCCUCCAGAACUCAAGAUCGUGGACCGUACCUCGUUUGAAGAGUAUUCUGUCGACCAGGUGGCAUUGAAUCAGAAAUCAAACCUGGGACUUAACGAUUUCCAUCUGUACCAGCACGGAACUAGAUGGUUUUUGGUGUCGGCAGAUGACUGUGUCAUUGUUCAACAAUACGGUAUUGAAGACCAGCUGAAAUGGUAUACUUUGCGCGGAGAAUACUUGGAAGCUUGGAAAAUGAGCGGCUUGUGGCUGGACAAACAGGAAAGACUGAACAUUGGAGAACGUCAGAUGAAGAAACUGGUUGCAGAGAACGAUUGGCAGGCGGCUUCUUCGUUUCUUAGCGAGAUGCUUGCGACAACAGGAACCGAAGACCCUGAGUAUUUGGAGUCCGUCGUGAAGAGCUGGGAUCACUGGGUCACCCAAUUCUUCAAAGAAAAUAAAGAAACACUAGUGCUGGACGUUAUUCCGUCCACACCAAUUGGAGACUUGUUUGUCUCUCCAGAGCACUACAAUCAUAUUUUUGACUAUUUGAUCAAAAACAACGAGUUUGAACAAGUUUUGAGGUUGGCACACAAAUGGGACCAUGCCUUAUUUGACGUCGAGUCUCUUCGAGACAAACUGGAAGACGAUCUGGAGAACUCUCGCACCCACGAAACCGAGAUCCGUCAAUUGAUUGUACAAUUGAGUUUGGAACUGGACGAGAUGGAGAAAUGCGUUGACCAUUUGAUUUGGCUGAAAGAUCCGGAUAUAAUGCUUUUUCUGGACGAGCAUCAUCUACUUCUGCCGAACCUCAAACGGCUUCCGGAGAUUCUCAGUUUGAGCGCGUCUGGAAAACCGCUCGAUUCCGAAAGUUUAUCUGUCCCGGUUGCAAUUUUGGUUGAAAAUAGCCACGAGAUUCUUCCACAGGAAAUUGUUGAGAUACUCGACUCUUCAGGAAUGGACUACGUUAGUUUCCUAUACUUGGAUGCCUUGUCUGCUCACGAUAAGCUUUUGGUGAAAGAUUUCCAGGAUGAAAUGGUUAAACUGUACGCCUCCUACAACAGGGACAAUUUGCUCAAUUUUCUUAGCCGUCACUACAAUUACUCGGUUGAGAAGGCAAUAUCCAUCUGUGAAGAUAAGAACUGUAUUUCAGAACUGGUUUACCUGCUGAGCAAGGUUGGCGAAAAUAAAAAAGCUUUGAAGUUGAUAGUGGACGAGCUCAAGGACCCAGAACGGGCAAUCAAGUUUGUCAGUGAAAGCGACGAUCGCGAGCUUUGGGAUUUCUUGCUUGACUACUCCAUGGACAGACCCGCAUUCGUUCAAACUCUUGUCAUUGCUGCCAGCGAUCUUGUUGAUCCAAUACCCGUGAUUUCUCGAAUUCCAAAUCAAGUUGAAAUUACAGGCUUACACGACGCUCUACUCCAAAUCUGUGGCAACACCGAGAUGGAUCGUUUGCUCCACCAAUUGAUCCUCAAGAUCAUCUCAUCAGAGACCAUGGGCCUCACCCACGAGUAUAUGGGACUGCGUGCAAAAGGCACUGUUUUCGAGCUAGACAGUCUACCAGAAGAGACGCUGAUCCACAAAUCUAACAAGCUAAUGACCGAGAAAGAGUUCCUAGGCAUCUCUUGGAAAGGCUCAGCGGCUACGAUCACCGAAAAAUUAAAUCACCUUGCAUAUAUCCGCAGGCAGACUGGGCGUUAA